AUGCAAUUCACCGUCCUUGCCAUGACCAUCCUGAGCGCUGCUGGUGCUUCAGCUGCUCCCCAAGUGGACGCGGGCUGCACACUCUCUUGUGGUGUGUGGAACGGAUGCCGCGCUCGCGCUGUCAUUGAAGGCAACCCUUUGACCGGCUGCGGUGCCGAACCAAACCGAUGCAACUGCCAACAAUUUGCCGAUUUCAAGCCAAAGCGUGCUGCUGCUCCAGAGCCACAAAUCGAUGCCGGCUGCACACUUUCUUGCGGCGUGUGGAACGGAUGCCGUGCCCGUGCCGUCAUCGAGGGCGAGCCAUUGACCGGUUGUGGCGCCGAGCCUGAUCGAUGCAACUGCCAACAAUUCGCCGACUUCAAGGUCAAGCGCGAGCCAGAGCCAGCACCAGAGCCACAAAUCGACGCUGGCUGCACCUUGUCUUGCGGUGUCUGGAAUGGUUGCCGUGCCCGGGCUGUUAUUGAGGGUAACCCAUUGACCGACUGCGGUGCGGAGCCAAACCGAUGCAACUGCCAGCAGUUUGCCGACUUCAAGGCAUAG